GCAAGCGAGCGGCCAGCCAUGAACAAUAGCGGCCAGCCGCCACAGGAGCAACACCCCCCGACGGCUGCCAAGAGCCUGGCCGCUCCUCGAGCCAACAUGUUGAGUGCCUCCAAGCCUUUGGCAUUCUCCAUCGAGCGCAUCAUGGCCCGGACGGCCCCGGAGCCCAAAGCCCUGCCGCUGCUGCCCCACUUCUUGCAAGGAGGGGGCCCCAAAAGCGCCGAGCAGCACGUCAAGCCGCAGCAGCAACAGGCGGAGGCGGCGCUCAGCCUGGCAUCUUCCAUCCCUUGCAUGAUCCCUUUCGUGCCGCUGGCCUACGAGCCCUUAGCCAAGGCGGGCUCGGAGCCCAGGAAGCCCCCGAUGGACCCGCCGCUGCCGCCCUCCCCUUCUUCUUCCUCGUCGGCGGCGUCUUUGAGUUGCGCGCUGAGCCUCAAGCCGCCGUCGGGGGACCUGCAGCCGCUGCAGCAGCACUACAAGCUUGUCCGGCCCCGCGUGGUCAACCAUUCCUCCUUCCACGCCCUGGGCACCCUGGGCUACUUCAGCCGCGCCACCGAGCCGCCGCAACCGCCGCCGCCGCCGUCGGGCCUCAGCCUCCACCCAGUGGCGUCCUAUUUCCUAGGCUCGCCGCUGCACGCCUCCUCUCCCGCCGCCUUGCACGCCCCGACGGCGCCCAAGGCCUACCUGGCGGAGAGGAACAAGCUGCACGUGUUGCCGCCCGGCCCCGACAAAUACCCGACGCCGGCCUUCAAGGAUUUGGCGCACGCCCAGCUGCACAGCGCGGCAGCCGCAGCCGCCGCCGCAGCUGCCGCCGCCGCGCACCUUCUGGCCACCGACAAGCUGCCCUUCAAGAACGUCGGGGCGGACUUCAGCCGCGGCUCGCCCAGCGCCAAGCCCAAAGUCUUCACCUGCGAGGUCUGCGGCAAGGUCUUCAACGCGCACUACAACCUCACGCGCCACAUGCCGGUGCACACGGGAGCCCGGCCCUUUGUCUGCAAGGUCUGCGGCAAAGGCUUUCGCCAGGCCAGCACACUCUGUCGCCACAAGAUCAUCCACACCCAGGAGAAGCCUCAUAAAUGCAACCAGUGCGGGAAAGCGUUUAACCGGAGCUCCACGCUGAACACGCAUACGCGGAUCCACGCGGGCUACAAACCUUUCGUCUGCGAGUUUUGCGGGAAAGGGUUUCACCAAAAAGGAAACUACAAGAACCACAAACUGACGCACAGCGGCGAGAAGCAGUUUAAGUGCAAUAUCUGCAACAAAGCCUUCCACCAGGUGUACAACUUGACUUUCCACAUGCACACCCACAACGACACCAAGCCCUUCACCUGCCCCACCUGCGGCAAAGGCUUCUGCAGGAACUUUGACCUCAAGAAGCACGUCCGCAAACUGCACGACACCAACGGCAGCGGCGGCUCGAGCGUGGCUCCCUCGCGAAGCGCCGUCGAGCCGGAACUGCAGCCGCCGCCGCCGCCGUCAAUGCUGCUUCACCGCCCGUGAGGCGCGCCGCCGCCGUCCGCCCUUCUUCUGCAUGCACUUCGACGGCGGUCCGCGCUCCCUCCAGAGAAAGCCGUCGGGUUUUUCUUCCCCUCUGGGACUGCUGGAGAAAGAUAGAGAGACAAGGAAAUUGCUUUGGGUUGUUUUUUUCUCUCUGCCCCCGACAGUCGGGGAAAGAAAGACUUGCGUCUCCCCGCCUGAGCUGGGGAGCUGGUUUUGAGAAAACCAGGACUAUUGAAACGUUACUUCGGGCGUAUAUUUAUUGAAAAAGCUGGGUCGAGACCCAGCCGGGAAGUCUGCCUAGAGUUGCCAGGUGCUCACCUCCAAGAGGGGUGCGGGGAAGAGACCCCCUUUUGCUAUGAAAAUCCCCUGUCCUUUUUUGAAAAGGCCCCUUCCUUUUAAAGGACUUCCAUUCGCUCCAGAAUAUCUUGCAGCGCCCAAUUGGUGUCUCUUGUGUGUGAGAGAGUGUGAGAGAGAUUUUAAAUCGCCCCCCCCCACAUCUCAGAAAUUCUGGGGUGUCCCUUGCUCAAAGGGGUCCUUCUAAGUACCCUGCCCCACAGAAAACAGCGAGGGGCGCGCGCUCCCUUUUUCAAACGCCACCUUCGACGUGUGCCAUUUCAAACUUCGGCGCGCCCGGCGCUUUAUUCAGCGGCUGUUAAGUCGCGGGUAUUUAAAUGCAGGAUUCCCUGCCUAAGGUUAUCCAAAUAUAUAUUCUAAGCUCGGGUUCAGCAACCGGUGGCAAGGGUUUUCUAGCUGAAGGGACGCUGACUUACGUCGCAGGCCCUCCUGUCCUUGUCGCAAGGCCCCAGUCCCACCCAUCUGCGGUGCCCCGGGAGCGCGACUGACCUUUCUUGGGAAGAGAUCUGCGUCCUUCCCAAAGUGGCAGCGGCCUUCCAGCGGGGAUCUCCCCUUUGCAAAGAGUCGCCUUCCCGCCCCGCUGUAGAAAACGGAACCGGCGUCUCUUUAAAGUUCAGCGGUGGCUCUGCACUGCAAGGACGGUCCCUCGACGGUCCGGAAAGCGUCACCCCACUUGAGCUCAGCUCCACGGUCGUGUGUGUCACCUUAAUUCAGAGUGUGGCUCGUCUAACUGUGUGCGUGUAUGAGAGAGAGAGAGAGACGCCUUUUAAAAUAUAGCAGACCCCUCCAGUCCCUCCUUUGGCACGGAAGGUCUCCUCCUUGAAGGGAUGCGUCCCCAAGACGAUCUUUUGUUCCCCGACAUCCAACAGUGUGUUAUUUUGGGCUCUGACAACCCUCGAUAUUCGUCCCUCGAAUUCGGUCGCUGUAUAUAGAAUAACAACCCCCUCCUCCCCGAAAAAAAAAGUGUGUCGAUUGACUUUGCCGGCUGGCUGAAUCUCGGAUUCUCGAUUUCCCCCUUUCCCCGACGGUCUUCUCCCUCCCUUGUGCCUCAUCCCCAACCAUCGCCAACUCUCCUCUCCUCGACCUUCGUGAUCUCUUGUGAACGGGGACGGGGUUGGCUUCAGUUUUGUACGGAUCUGAAAUUCCCGGUUGUAUUUUUAAAAGAAUUAUUAUUAUUAUUAUUAUUAUUAUUAUUAUUGCACGUGCCAAAAAA